GCCUGACCUUCCCAGCGCAAACGAGGCGAGCGCGGAGUUCCAGCGCGCGUAGCAAGCGAGAGGGAAACUUUCGCUUUUGUUCGAAUUCCCUUUCCCGGGCGUGGGAGGCGGCAUCCCGUUGGCCAGAGCACGGUCUUUGGGGUGGAAGUUGUCCGCCGGGCUCGGAGAAAGAGGAUCACACCUGCCGGGUGUGUGUGAACUUACUCCCCACAUUUCUUCGUCCAGUUAUUCGGCGGCCCGCGGAUUUUGCGCUCUUUUGGACCAGACGCUAGCAAGCCGAGCAGGCGACACUCCAAGCAGGUUUGGAAGCAGCCCGGAGACUCAAGAGCAACAUAAGAAACCCCUAAAGUCAUUGGAUUUUUUUUCCAAGGAAAGUGAGUGAUCUUGCCCUGCAAGAUAAGGGAGGAACAGGAGGAGCAUGGAUGUUUUGGGAAACAUAGAGGCCACACCGCUUCCCCUUCCAAAGCACAUCUUGGAAGUGUGGGUCAUUGUCCUGAUCAUCCUCGUCACCAUCGUUGUCAUGACAUCCCUGCUCUUGUGCCCAGCGACAGCAGUGAUCAUUUACAGAAUCCGGACACACCCGAUACAUAAUGGAGCCGUGUGAAACUUGCUUCCAUGUCACUAUGUUGGGCUUUGCUUUUGAAAAACACGGGAGGAAAAAGGAUUACAGGGAAACUGUGAGUUUAUCAGGCUUUCUCUGACACCAAGCCAAGCUUUGAGGUGACAAUGGAGGCAUGCCAACAACAAUAUGACAGCAGCACAGAGACUAUGAUCAUGUGACAAGGAAUGAUCAUGUGACAAGGAUGUCACAUGUCACCAAAAGUGCCCCAGAAGCCUGGUUGCACAAUACAAACUCUGUCCCUAAUGCUCCACAUCUAGGACUUUAUUCCCAGUUAUGGAAUCAAGUUGGCUGGUUCAGGAUUCCAGAUGGUUCCUGUUUUGGAUUUUUGGUGUGCCCUUUUAUUUGAAAAAUGGUUCUUCGUGUUUACUGGGCAAGCUGUUCCAAAAGACUAAGGAAUUGGCAAAAACAGAUGUCAGAAAGGAAUAAUGAAAUGUAACCCAAAAAAAUCCCUUCCAUGUAGAUUCCAGAUGUGGAAACACAACUUGUUUUAUCUAUCCCCUCCAAAUUGAGACAUAGACAUAUAAGCUUUGAUUGCUUCCAGCUGGCAUGUUGGUCAUUCUCUCUUCCCUUCAAGAUCCCUCUAAUCCAAACAACAGCAGCCGAAAAGGGAUUUUUUUUUGGGGGGGGGGAGAGGGAGAAAUGAGAUGUAGGUAGAUAAGCGAAGUAAUCGUAUUUGUGGUAUACAGUUACAAAAUGAUAUACUCAUCAUUGAACAUCUAUUUUUAAGGAACCUAAUAAAAUCUAAUACAAAAAAAACAGAGGAGGGGAGAAUGAGAUUUGAAUAAAGUAAUUUACUGUCAGGGAACAGUUUUGUGGCGAUGAAAAAAUGGAGGGAAAAAAUGGAGGCUUUCUUUUGCUGCUGGGUUGUGAAACUGUGUGCAUCUUGCAGUUCUGUGAAUGGGAUGGGAGGGCCUUUCCUAGUUGCACUGAAGGAAUGGCAACUAGGGAAUAAACUUGUAAAGACUGGGAAUCUUUGCAGCUAUGAUGCGAUACAAGUAGUGUGGCUGUUCCAUCCAUCCCUGUUUCACACGCACCCUCAGGCAACUGUCCAUUAAUGUGUUCUCUUUUUACUAAUGAGGUUACUAGACGUCUAUUUCCGCCUGACAACAGUGAACAUAUAAUUGGCAUGAGCAUGCAACAAUUUAUUGUAGUUCCUGCAUGAUUCAUUUCCCUUCUCUCUUGGCUACUGCUGGCCUCUACUGCUGUGUCUUUUCUUGACAGCCAUCUGUUCCCUCAUACAGCAGAACUGGCAGCUCCUAGUCCAAAGAGGCCUUCACUGUCUGCACACCAGGGAAAGGUUCAGCAGCUAUUCUUGCUGCUAUGUGAUGUUGAAGGAAGACUCAAGAUUGACCAGACCUCUCCCUUUCGCUCAGCUACAAGUGAUGCUGAAAACAUCCUGCCAGGCCAGGUGUUAGGAGAUGUUGUCCGUUCAUGGUUCAGAGCUGGAGAUGAUCUACUUAUAAAUCUGUUUUUAUGGAAAGAAACACUCCACCCUGUGAAAAAUGGUUUCAAAGGUUUAAGUAAAAUUUGUUUAUGUAUUGUACAUAAAAGUGGAUGCAUUUCCAUUAAAUGUAUCAGCAGGAAACCCCUGCUGAAACUGUGAUAUUGUGGCAAACCCAUGUAAUAAACAUUUGUUAUUUUA